UGUCUGCUGGUGGUGGUGGCGGUUUCUUGUUGAAUUUUCAAAAAAAGCCUCUUGAUCUUGUACUACGAUCGUCUUGUUCCAGGGCGCCUGGUCAGGUUGAGCGAGACUCGAGGAGUUACUUUCGUUCAGCGGCGCUGGUGAUCGAGUGAGGGUCAGCUACGUUUGGCUUUUGUUUGAAGAAAUAGGUGAGCAAUGGCAUCAGGAGCGCGUUCAUCCAUGGCGGGUGCCCAUCCAGUGGGUACCAAAGUGCUGGCCCUUUGGCCAGGCAGUGGCCUGUAUUACCCAGGCACUGUUGUUCGCCAGCACUCAGGUGCUCGCUACGAUGUAGAGUUUGAGGACUCUUCGACCUUCUUGCUGCCAGCGAAUAACCUCAUGUUGCCGAAUUCAAGGCGAGGUGGAAGGUCGCCAUCACGUUCUAGGUCCCGCUCACCAUCUCGUCGCCGCAGAUCUAGAUCCAGAUCACCAGCUCGCCGCACCGGCAAAAGUCCGACACGCGCAGGCAAGUCACCGAAGAGACCAGUCGCGUCCGCGUCCACCUUAUCGUCGGAGAAUGACACCGUUGACUCGUUAGUCGAGAGCUCCCCUGUGUUGGACCGUCGGACACCUCGACGCUCUACCCGUGGCCGACCAGCAGUGGACGAGUCCGUGGAACAAAAAAAUUCGACUUCCCUUUCGUUCAGCCAAACUCGGACUGGUGGAGCUGUGAGUGACUCAGUGCAAACAGUCACGAGCCCUGCACUAUCACCUGCUCUCAGUACUGCGGACAGCGGUAGCGCCGCGAUGGGCAGCGACGCACCCAGUACAACCACCACUGAUGGAGGAGCCAGCUCACAGGCAGCUGGAACCGAGCUCAACAAGAAGACCACGAACUUCGAGUUUGGUGGCCCCAUGGGAGCUCUGUUUACCAUGAUCAGUUUGCCGCUGGUGAUUAUGGCACUGUACGGUGUGUGUAAUCCAAGCACGUGCUCUGUUGCCGAUCUGGGGAUGGCCAAGAUCCCAGCAUUGUGGUCGCUCUUCAGUUGGAAAGCGCUGAUGAUCGUAGACGUUUGGCUGGCGUUCCAUGCCUUUCUCUACUGCUUGGACAUCGGAUGGGUGCAAUGGGGACAGCCAUUGCGCGAUGGAAGCAAACUACCUUAUCGUAUCAGUGCACUCCAAACAUUCGUGAUCACUUGCGUCGUUUUCUUGGGCAGUGUGUUCUAUGGAGAUCGUGUACACUUGCGUAUCAACCCUGUGUACGUUUAUGAGAACUACCUGCAGCUGGCUUUUGCUGCGACCAUGGUAUCGUUGGUACUCUCCAUCUUCCUCUAUGCUUAUUCAUUCCGGCAAGGAGCUAUGUGUGCUGAAGGAGGAAAUACCGGCAACAUGGUGUACGACUUCUUCAUUGGUCGCGAGUUGAAUCCACGCAUUGGCCGAAUGUUUGAUCUCAAGGUCUUCUGUGAGCUUCGUCCUGGUUUGAUAGCUUGGGUGGCAAUCAACUUCUGCAUGGCCUACACCCAGUACGUCAAUCAUGGCUAUGUGUCCAACGCCAUGCUCUUGGUCAAUGCUUUCCAGUUCCUGUAUGUGCUUGAUGGCCUUGCUUCAGAGUCGGCUAUCCUGACCACGAUGGACAUCAUAUCAGAUGGAUUUGGUUUCAUGCUGGCAUUCGGUGACCUUGCCUGGGUGCCAUUCAUCUACACCUUGCAAGCUAGGUAUCUGGUUGACCGACCUGAACAACUGCCAACAUGGGCGGUGGCGUAUCUUGUCGGCCUCAAUAUGCUUGGAUUCUACAUCUUCCGCUCUGCUAACUCUCAGAAGGAUGAGUUCCGUCGUGCUCCCAAUAGCACCGCAGUGAGCCAUUUGUACAGAAUCCCAACUAGCCGUGGUCGAUCCUUGCUAGCAGAUGGCUGGUGGGGUGUAUGUCGCAAGCCAAACUACCUAGGUGACCUCAUGAUGGCGCUUGCGUGGUGCGGAACGUGUGGUGUUCAGAAUAUCAUCUGCUAUUUCUACUUCAUCUACUUUGCCAUCUUGCUUAUUCACCGUCAGCGACGCGACGACCUGCACUGUGCACGGAAGUAUGGAGAGGCGUGGAAGGAGUACACACAACGUGUGCCAUAUCGUAUUGUACCUGGCAUCUACUAAAUGAGCAAAUCCAGUACAGAUUAGGAAUACAUGUUCUAUCAAUCUAUAUGCACUGUUCUUUUCGAAUAGCCUUCUAACUACAAGCAUCAGUGAAUGUCAGCUACUUCCCUUUUUUUUAAGAGUGCCCAAACUAGUCUUGAUUUUGAUCAUUUCUUUCUGAACAAAAUUCUUUUUUCUCACUUAGUAAAUACAUGUAGUAGCCAUCUUUAGUACUUGUACGAUAGGAUACACCAUCGAUCUUUACAAUGCACUGGUUUUUACAAUGCACUGGUUUUUACUGCAUGAAUAUGAGUAUUUUAUGCAAAGAAAUGGUGUGACCUGGGGUCUAGAUUUUACCAGACCUUCGAAUGAUUUUAGGACUCAACAUGCUACGCAGCUGAAACUCUGUUUGUGUUUUUGAAAAUAUGCUGGAUAGGGAUCUUACUCGGUUGUGUACAUGUUUUGUUUAGAUCACUGCGAUGGCAUGAUCAGUAUGUUGACCGUUGUAUCGUUAAUUUACUUGUCUGCUGUGCAAGAGAAAGCCUGUGAGGCCGUGUGGCACUUGCAUUGA